AGGUCCUUUUUCAUGUACAGGCCUAAUAAAAGCUAUGCAGUUCAUUUUUUUAAUCUAAUAAAGUCAACUUCAAGAGACUCGAAUGUUCUUGUUUCUAAGUCUUACGUCAAGUCUCGGAGCGGUCAAGCCUCAAGUUCAAUUUUUGUGAAUUAAGUCACACAAGUGCAUAAUAUCUUUUCAUAGGAGCCUUCAGUCAGAAGGCCUUUUAUGGAGUUUCCUUUGUGUCCAGUGUUGCAAAUAAUCAUCACAACACAGACACAUCCUGUUCAUCAGCAUCAUCACGUCCUCCAGGAUACGCAAAAAAAAUGUCUUUCUCAAACAUGUUAGAAUUUUUUUUUAAAAAAGGAGUAAAUUAAGCUAACUGAGCAAUUGUGCAGCCAGUCCUCGAUAGAUGCUUCUUAAUUUGAUCUUUCGUGACCUUUUUGUCUCUGCAUGGUUAUAUUUAUAUAUAACCAUAUAUUUUUUUACUAAAUCGCCUGAGAAGGAACGUUCAUCUGAUCCAUCAUGAAGCCGCUUCCUCUUCGCAUUGAGGUUUAAGGCGCUCCACCCUCCCUCCAACCCUCUUGGUUUCAUUUGCAGUGAAGGAAAUGUUUGACAUCAGUUGUGUGCUGUCAUGGUUUACAUCACUGACCUCCCUCAGGAUCUUAAUUAGCGUCUUUAUAACAGAACAAUAAUGAUGAGUGGAGUCCAGUACCUGGCCUGUCUGUGGACUCUGCUCAUUGCACAGAGCGGGUUUGUACGCAGUGAGAUUCAGUUCAUCAAGAAGGAUGAAGGAGAUUCUGUGCUCUUUCCCUGUACGACUGAGCAGAGAAACCCACCGCCGUUCGGCGUCUACCUGAAGCGCAGCUGGUUGAAUCAGGAUGACAUGCUGUUCAAACACACCGGGGAAGAGUUCACUGUGGGCAACGAUCAAGACAAAAACCGCACCAGUGUGAAGGGAGACCCGAGCAGCCACUCAGUGGAAGUGAUCAUCUCUAAGCUGACAGUCAGGGACACAGACCGCUACUACUGUGAAUUUGUGGUGGAAAACCCUUCUUCUGAAGACGAACGAGUGAAGGGAAAGACUGAAUUCUUCCUUCUCGUUGGUGCUGAUUUGUCCGGGUCAGUCGACAGAGGGCGGUUAGAGACAUGCGCUGGGGGCUCUGUGGUGCUCCCCUGCCUCCCUGAGCAGGAGGGCUUGGCCGUGGAGGGGGUGAGUCUGAAGCGGCAGAGGGGCCGGGCGCCUAUGGAGGUGCUGUACCACUCAAAGCGGCACCACAGCAACGGGCCCCCGACCUCAUCCCAGUUCCCCGCUGAGAGAUUCCACCUGACCUCGGCGCCCGGCCCCAGCGGCAUCACCUACAACCUCACCCUGCAGCAGCUGCAGCCAGAGGACAGCGGCCGGUACAGCUGCCAGCUGCUCCAGCAUGGCAACCCUGACAGCAGCACCAGUCUAGGGAGACAAGUGUUCUUUGUUUCUGUGCAAGGAGGUCAGUGCAGCUGCUCCGGCUCCUCCACUCUGUUCUAUGUUCUGUCCUCAGCCGUGGUCGCCCUCCUCCUCCUCCUUGGAUUUGUGGGGAUUUAUCUAUGCAAAACACGACGGAGUGUCAGGUCACACCCUCAGGCUCCCAUCUACGAGGAGAUGGCUGGUGUGAAGCCUCGAAAAUUUCCCCCCCGCCAUCUGGAGGAUAAGGAACAUGAGAACCGAAACUGCAUUGUGAAGAAAUCUUGCUCUGAUAACCACUAUGAGAGCCCCAGCGGGGCCCUCUUCCCCAGGAGAGAGUCUUAAGAGAUGAAUUAUCGCUGGCAUGAUGAACUAGAGAAACUUAUCAACUCAGCUGCCUGAAACUCACUGGAAUGAACUCUGACUACAAUAUCUGCUCUGAUAAACAGCUCAAAUUCUCCUCAAGAGUAUUUUUCUUAUCUCAUGAUGUUGGAUUGUUGCUAGUUUGAAAGAAUGCUUGUAUUUUUGCAUUUCCUUUGCAGAGCCUUUGUAAAUGUUUUUGGCUGCCAUUGUGAUAUGAACAAAAUCUUCCAUCUGAGCAUAUGGAAAAUUGAGUAAUUGUUAACGGGCCAAUUCGGCUAAUCAAUCAAAUUAAAGAUGGAGUUUUUGUAUAAAGAAAGUUUACAGUUCUCACCAAAACCUGUUGGUCUUGAAGGGCUAACCAACAUGUUGAAUGCAUUAAUGUCCUUAUUAAAUAUUUGCAAAACUGA